AUGACCUCGAACAGUACCUCACGACUGCGCAGCUGGCUGCUGGCGUCUCCUCCCGCCGAAUGGAUGCUCAACCAGCUACGUGAGCUGCUUAUCGGUGCACUGCGACAAGGUGCAAUUCCCAAACAUGUGGCCUUUGUCAUGGACGGCAACCGCCGCUUCGCAAAGAACCACCGAAUGGAAACAGUAGAAGGACACAACCUGGGUUUCGAAGCCCUCGCGAGAAUACUUGAGGUGUGCUAUAAGGCUGGAGUGACCCAUGUCACCAUCUAUGCUUUCAGCAUUGAGAAUUUCAAGCGGUCCAAGUACGAAGUGGAUGGCCUGAUGGACAUGGCCAAGGUAAAGCUCAAGCAGCUUGUGCAACAUGGUGAUCUGCUCGAUCGCUACGGAGCAAAAAUUCGAAUUCUCGGUCAAAGAGAGCUCAUCAAGCCAGAUGUCUUGGAGGCUGUUGACAGAGCGGUCAGCAUGACGAGCCGUAACGGCGACUGCGUACUCAACGUCUGCUUCCCAUAUACCAGCCGAGAAGAAAUUACCAAUGCGGUACGGACAACAGUGGAUGACUGGUGUACGCCUGUGGCGAGCCGGACUGGCGAUGCGGAGAGGAAGAGCCCAUUUAAGGAAGAGCGGAUAGCCAAUACGAUAAGGUCGCAUGCUUUGGAGAGUCACAGUGCACAGGCCGAUGCAGAUGAAAAGAAGCCUCAUACGUCCGCUCCGGCGCCGAUAGACGCUCACACUCCUGGCUCACCCACGUCCAGCACGACGUCCCUCUCCUCUCACGACACCUCUGCGCAUACCGAAGACCAAGACACCGCUUCUUCGGUCAUGUCCUCGACCACGCUGCACUCCCCUUCUAAUCAACAAAAGACGGUCGAUCCCGCCGCUCUGCCAUCACCUGAGCUCAUCACGCCAGAGACUCUGACCAACCACAUGUACACUGCUGGCGACCCGCCUAUUGACCUUUUGGUCCGGACUUCAGGAGUGUCCCGCUUGUCGGACUUUAUGCUCUGGCAGUGCCAUGAGAACACUCAAAUCGUCUUCCUCGAGGUUCUUUGGCCCGACUUUGAUCUGUGGAGCUUCUUGCCUGUACUAUGGGGCUGGCAAUGGCGAAUCCGAAAGCAGAAAGAGGCUGAAAUGGAGGAAGCGCAGCGCACUCUACAGCAGGAAAAGAUCACGGCGAGGGGGGUGAAAUUCGCGUAG